GCUGCAGCAGUUCCGCUGAAUGUCCGCUUCUGAUACCGAGAAGGGAUUAGCAAGCAACACCCUGGGACGACAUCGGCGUCUUAGUUUGUCGGGCACCGGGCUUCACAGUUUGCCCCAAAUCUAGAACAGCCUUACUGUUUACAUCACUUUGGAGAUUUAGGGAUGAACUGAGGAUGAAUGUAAACCAGCACACACCAAUGGCCUCUCCAUAUGGCCAGCCCCAGCCUGGCUACAGCCAGCCUGGCUAUGCUCCCCUGGACGGGGGCUAUCCAGCGCCAUACGCACCUUACAAUGGCCCUGCAUCCGCCUAUCAGCCUGGGGCUCCACCACAAGGCCCUGCCAGGGGUCCUCCCACCUCUGGACCCCCACCUGUCUCAGCACCUCAGCAGUACAAUCAGUACAGUCAGAGUCAGGGGGGCAUGCAGAAUGGACCCCCACCUAUGACACAGGCACCACCCAGACCUGCUGUGCCUCAGCCAUACAACCAGGGCGCUAUGAACCUGUCAGGGCCACACCCCUCUUAUCCCCAAAACUAUGUACCCCCACCCACUAUGCAGCAGGUCACCGACCAGAUGACUGGGAUGCAGAUCACCUCUGGACCACCGACCCCUGCUGGGCCAGGAUACGGUAAUUUGAAUAGCCCACCUCACAGCUCUCAGCCUCCCGUCAGUAGGUACUCAGCCGCACCUCCAACCUCCUAUACCCAAGCUCCUCCCCCUGUGUCCUCUGCUCCUACCCAGCCACCACCUCCCAGUGGCCCUGCAGCUUCUCAGCAAUACUAUAGUGGCCCACCGCCUCCUUCUCAGCAGCCAUUCAAUUCCUCUCUUCCCCCUACCUCUCAGCAGCAGCAGUUCACCUCUUCUGUACCUUCACAUCUUCCUCCUCAGCAAACCUUACCUCCUUCCUCUUACUCGGGUCCUGUGCCUCCACAAAGUCAACCUCCUGCUCCCCCAGUGUCCCAGCCACAGCAAUCCUUCCCUCCACCCCAGCCCCCUUUCUCUUCAGCACCUCCACCUGUCAGUCAGUCUUCUUUUGCCACAGGCCCCCCUUCCUCUGCCCAUGGCUCCUUUCCACCUCAAGGGCCCCCUCCUAGCUCUCAGCCUGGACCUUUUCCUCCUACCCGCCCCCCUCCAACUUCAGCCCCUUCUUGCCAGUACCCAGGCCCCUUGCCACCCACACAGCAGCCCCCUUCAUCUCAGCCAUCCCCCUAUCACUCAGGGCCCCAUCCUCCCAGAGCUCAAAUGCCUCCCACUUCCAUGGCUCAGAGCAACCACCUCCCUCCAGGACCGCAGGGCCCACCAGGCCCUCCUGGACCACUACAGCAGCCUCCAUCUCAGCCUGGCAUGCAGACAGGAUACCCUCCUCAGCAGAAUGGUGCAUUUGGGCAGGUGAGAGGCCCUCAGCCUGGGUAUGCAGGUCCUUACCCUGGGCAACCAAACUAUGGAGCUCCAGCACCAGCUCCUGCUCCACCUGCACAGAAAAGACUUGACCCAGAUGCCAUUCCUAGCCCGAUCCAGGUAAUAGAGGACGACAAGGCUAAAACUACCGAGCCAUUCACCACAGGGGUCAGGGGUCAAGCUCCACCACUAGUCACCACCAACUUCCAGGUCAAAGACCAAGGGAAUGCCAGUCCCAGGUUUAUUCGCUGUACAGCCUACAACAUGCCUUGCACAGCUGAUAUGGCAAAGCAGUCUCAGGUGCCGCUGGCUGCCGUCAUCAAGCCCCUCGCCACUCUGCCACCUGAUGAGACCCCUCCACACGUGGUGGACCACGGCGAGAGUGGUCCAAUCCGCUGCAACCGUUGCAAGGCCUACAUGUGUCCAUACAUGCAGUUCAUAGAGGGAGGUCGCCGCUUCCAGUGUGGUUUCUGCAGCUGUGUCACAGAGGUGCCUCCACAUUAUUUCCAGCAUCUGGACCACACUGGUAAGAGGGUGGACUGCUACGACAGGCCGGAGCUUUCACUGGGCAGUUAUGAGUUCCUUGCGACUGUUGACUACUGUAAGAAUAACAAGCUCCCUCAGCCUCCAGCCUUCAUCUUCCUUAUCGACGUGUCCUACAACGCCGUCAAGAGUGGGAUGGUCAGCAUUGUUUGUCAGGAACUCAAAAACCUAUUAGACUACCUGCCCAGGGAGAAUCCAGAAGUGGAAUCUGCAGUGCGAGUGGGUUUUGUCACCUACAACAAGGUUUUGCACUUCUACAACGUCAAGUCAAGCUUGGCCCAGCCUCAGAUGAUGGUGGUGUCAGACGUGUCAGACAUGUUUGUGCCCCUGCUUGACGGGUUCCUCGUUAAUGUUAAUGAAAGCAGACAAGUUAUUGACAGUUUGCUGGAUCAGAUCCCAGAGAUGUUUGCAGACACCAGGGAGACGGAGACAGUGUUUGGACCUGUCAUCCAGGCGGGACUGGAGGCACUCAAGGCUGCUGACUGUGCUGGGAAGCUGUUUGUGUUUCACACCUCUUUGCCCAUCGCGGAGGCCCCUGGAACUAAAAACAGAGAAGACAAGAAGCUGAUUGGAACAGACAAGGAGAAGUCACUAUUUCAGCCUCAGGUGGGUUUCUACAACUCUCUGGCUAAGGAGUGUGUGGCCCAGGGCUGUUGUGUGGAUCUUUUCCUCUUCCCCAACCAGUAUGUGGAUGUUGCCACAUUAGGUGUGGUUCCCGUCUCCACUGGAGGCUCAAUCUAUAAAUACACCUACUUCCAGGCUCAGUCGGAUCAGGAGCGAUUCCUAAACGACCUCAGACGAGACAUUCAGAAACUAGUUGGGUUUGAUGCUGUUAUGAGGGUGCGAACCAGCACAGGUAUCCGAGCGACAGACUUCUUUGGCUCUUUUUACAUGAGUAACACCACAGAUGUGGAGCUGGCGGGCCUCGACUGUGACAAGGCCAUCACUGUUGAGUUCAAACACGAUGACAAGCUCAGCGAGGAGACAGGGGCGCUCAUGCAGUGCGCCGUGCUGUACACCAGCUGCAGCGGCCAGAGGCGUCUCCGCAUCCACAACAUGGCCGUGAACUGCUGCUCUCAGCUGGCUGACCUAUACCGCAACUGUGAGACAGACACAAUCAUCAACUACUUCUCCAAAUAUGCUUUCCGUGGCGUUCUGAACAACCCCACUAAGGCAGUGAGAGAAACUCUGGUUAACCAGUGUGCUCAGAUUUUGGCGUGUUACAGGAAGAACUGUGCAAGUCCCUCAUCUGCUGGUCAGUUGAUUCUCCCAGAGUGCAUGAAGCUUCUCCCGGUAUAUCUGAACUGCGUGCUGAAGAGUGAUGUGCUGCUACCGGGGGCCGACGUCUCGCUGGAUGACCGAGCUUACCUGAGGCAGCUGAUCAGCUGCAUGGACGUCACAGAGACUCACGUCUUCUUCUACCCCCGCCUGCUGCCGCUGAUGAAGUUGGAAAGCGGUUCGUUGCCGGUGGCGGUGAGGGACUCGGAGGAGAGGUUGUCCAAAGGAGGAGUUUACCUGCUGGAGACGGGGCUCCACCUCUUCCUGUGGGUGGGAGCCAGCGUUCAGCAGGAGCUGCUGCUCAACAUCUUCGGCACGCCGAGCUUCAGCCAGAUCGACUCGAACAUGACAAGUCUGCCUGUUCUCGACAACCCGAUCUCUCAGAGACUCAGAGAGCUCAUCGAUUCCUUCAGAGCACAGCGGUCACGAUACAUGAAGCUGAUGGUGGUGAAGCAGGAAGACCGAUCCGAGCUGAUAUUCAGACACUUCUUGGUCGAGGACAAGAGCACCAGCGGGGGAGCAUCAUACGUAGACUUCCUUUGUCACAUGCACAAGGAGAUCCGCCAGCUCCUCAGCUAGGCCCCACCCCCACCCAAAUUCCCACCUGUAUCACCUGUAUGAGCCCCCCACCACCACACAGAUCAACCCCGGUCACCUUUCACCCUUCCAUGUGAAAGAAAGCGCUUUAUCCUUUUUUUUUUUUUUUUUAACCUAAUAAACUAAAGCUCUCCUUGCUGUCAGCUGAGCACCAGAGACCAGCUGGUAGAUCGUGUGUGUGUGUGUGUGUGUGUGUGUGUGUGUGUGUGUGUGUGUGUGUGUGGUGUGUGUGUGUGUGUGUGUGUGUGUGUGUGUGUGUGUGUGUGUGUGAGAGACAGAGAGAGAGACAGAGGAUCCAAUGUUAAAGCUUUACUCUGCCUCAGAUUGCUGCUCUAAAGCAGCAGGAGCAAAAUAACUUACGAGGGAGGGUAAGUGUACAUACACAAAUGAACAAAUAUGUAUGCAACAAACUGACAGAGAAGGCUGAUGUUGACUGUAGUUGGUGUAUUUUGUGUAUUACUAGCACUGAAAAGGCUGUUUUGGGUGCAUAGAUGACAUCUGGAUAGCAAACACUUUUUAUAUGAUUAAAUUCCAUUACAGUGAAGGACAUAUGGAAUUCAAUAAAUGCUGUUCUUUCUGUCUCUUAUCCACUUUGAUCAUGGCCUUAGUGUCCCCGUCCCCAUGCUGCUCCAAUCAUCUAUAGUGUGUGUGUGUUUCCAGAUGUGAGAGGAUUAGUGACCCAUUGCCCUGUUUUUUUUUUUUUUUUUAAAUCUCCUGCUGUGUCUCCAGGUGCAAGCCUCUGACUUUAAGCCCUAGCUUAACGACUCAAACUGGAGUCUGAAGGAUUCUUACCAACAGAAAGCACCAAAAAUAAAGGUGCAUAUAGUUUCUGUGACUGGUCAGUCGUUACAGUAAUUGGUAAUUCAGAUUUGUCUCAGUCAGCUUCAGUUGAGUUUCCUUUACAUGGGGGGGGCAGCAUCUCUCUUGAGACCCAUGAGAGGAAGCUCUCAUUAUUUCCAGGUCUAUGCAGCACUGAGAAAUGCCAGAGACAAAACUGAAGAGGGAAAUAAGGCGUGUGAACCUUUCAUUUAAGCAUCGCAGCGAUGGAAACCUGCUCCCGAUUAGUUUCUGUGGGUGAUUGUUGAAGGCGAGUAGUGCUUCAGACUUUAUAUUAAUGGAAAGUGUUGAUGUCCAGGCUUAUAUUAAAGCAGGCAGAAAUGAGCACAGAGUGGCAGCAGAUGUCUGAACAUCAGUUUGUUUGCAAAGUUUUGGGUUGUCUCCGCACUGAGAAGUUGACAAGCUGUUCAGUGUGUAAAUAAAAUAUAUAAUCUGUACAGAAUUAAUAGAAAAUAACGAUUUUAAAGGCCUGCCUGAGCGGCUGUGGUUUGUUGAUGGUUGGUUUGUGUCACAAAUAGCCUAAAUAUAAAAUCAUGGCUUUUACUGAUGAGAGGAAGAUGUGAUUUGUUUUUUUUUCUUUUCUUUUUUUGGGGGGAGAUAUGUCUGCGUGAGUGUGUGGUGUGUGUUUAAGUGAAUGUGGGGUCGGUCCUGGUGAAUUUCUCAUGAGGAACAGAGGGAUCAGCCAACACACACACACACACACACACCCCACCAAUGAGAUUAAACUCAGUCUUCAUUUAUCAUUUUCUGUUCCUUUUAUAAUGAUGUGACUUCGUGUUCUGUGUGUGUGCGCAGCCCUCUGUUCCGUCUUUACGUUCACUGACUUCGAUUGACCCGCCAUUUCGACUGUAAUCUUAAUUUCUUUUCCUUUUUUCUUUUUUUUUUUUUUUUCAUUGCCUCUUGGGA